UCAGAAGUGCUUCGAGGUAGUUGAUAUCGAGAGGUUAAAGCGGUUAGUGAGUGUAUUUAUCGUUUCGCUUCGAAUAGCGGACAGUGUAGUGCAAUUAAAAUGUUUUUAAGCACAAAAUCGUUGCCGUUCUUCCUAUUUUUCGUCAUAUACUGCCAUGGCCAAGGUUCACCCGAACGUAACAAAACUUCGCUACAACUCUUUUUGGACGCAUUUGCAAAAGGAGAAUAUAAAUUCGAAAUUGGACAGUCCUUGGCAGUAUACGACUCUGAAGAAUCAAAAGAAAAAAGUUACAAGGUACACACUAUAGAUGGGUAUGACAACUGCUUGGGACUCACUACUGACGCUUUUGAAACCAUUGUAUUGGAAUGCCCAGGAAAGAAGCUAGAGAAACCCGAAUGCUUCAGUAUCUUUACACCGAAAACUAAGCCUCAAAAUAAAACUAUAAUACCUGCUAGAGAGAUAGUAAAAGUCUGCAUUCGCACCAUUGGCGCGCACUGCGUUGGUGUGGCCACUCCACUUAAAUGCAUGAUUCUUCUGAAAUGUCUUCCGUCAUCGACGAUCGUGCCACAGUUUGGAAUCAGAGUCCCUUCUAAUGGACCCCCACCGAGAAUGUGACUGAGAAAAAGCAGUAAAAACCUGUAUCCGUACUAUUGGACCAUAUUGCGUUGGAGUGGACAGUCCACUAAAAUACAUGAUCCUUUUGAGAUGUCUUCCAUCAUCCACCAUUGUGCCACAAUUUGGAAUUAGAGUACCCACAAAUGGGCCCCCAACGAGAAUAUGACAAUUAUACAGCUAGUAAAGAAAGACGCAUGUGUAUUGUGAUAAGUUAAAUAUUUAUUUAUGCUAAGAUGUAUUUUCGUAUACCAUUAUUGUACAAUUUCAUUAUAAGUGCAA